AUGUGCUAUCACACAUCUGUAGUAUGUUUCAUUUGUGCCACGCCGGUGGGGAGGUGGAUUCAGCCAACAUGCACCUACGAAUUCCAGCAGGGCCCAGGUCAUAAGAUUUUCUACUUCGAGGAUGUAAUCCGGCCACGAACUCCAUAUAGCUGCCCCAACCCUAAUUGUAUUGCGCACCCCGAUCUGCACUCGGCUCUUCGCAAGCAGCAGGAGAAUGCUAUGCAACAAGGGAAGGCGUAUUCAAAGUAUGUCCCCUUCAAUCAAACGAAGUCAUCGCAGGACGAUAACGAUGAGGCUUGCGGUCUCGCAUUAGAUGUGAUGCCAGGCAAGGCCAAUAUCGAGGUUCGGCCAACCUUCAUCAAGGGCGAGAUCUCCAAGCGUCUGCAAAAUCCUCCUUCUUAUCCACCUGAUGCUGUACCAGGGGCUAGACUGUCUCCGACCUGGCUCACAGGGAAGCAGUUCCGUGCAGUUUUUACGGAAUAUUGGGGAGGCAAGUCCGAUAUCCACAAAUUGGCUGACCUUGUUUGCAAAAAUUCUUCUCUUCUACGCAUCUACAUCGACACGUAUAUCAAAUCGCGGCCGGACGAUAUCAGAUACGAGACAGAAUCACCCCUGAGCGAGCCAUUCACUGAGUCUAGUGAAUAUGAAGAUGGUCUCUUUCCGUUUGACGAGCAGGAGAUCCUUGUUGAACAGCCAGGUAUGCCGCAUCCUACAUUUCUCACCCGCCGUGAGCGUCAACUCGUGUUUGCGAUGUUCCAACAGAACCAAACCGUCAAGAAGAUUUCACUGGCCGUCGGUAAGCAACGUUAUAAGAUUUCUCAAUACAUAAAUGCUUACAUGCGGCCAAGGCUGCUCAAGCUCCAGGCUGAACAGCGAGAUGCCGAAAAUCGAGGCGUUGCCAUUCCCGCAAUUGAUACACCCAACGUGACCCUUUCUCCUCAGCCUGCUAGUCCUGAAGCCUCGAAUCCCGGGCCAUCCGAAGACAAUGAAUUGGAGGCUCUGCUGGGUGUCAUCGAUGCCAUCCCUCUUGCCGAAUUGCAAAAUCAGGGGGCAGCAUCCAACGAUGACGGCUCCCUCUUUGGAUGCGACUCGCCUAUUGGGGACCAGGUAGGUCCGCUUGUCUCGGCUUCUCAGAAACAAAUCAUUCAGCCAACUCCUGUGAGACCAAUAGAGUCAGCUGUCGAAUCAGUUGUCGAAAAGUUGGACAAAGAAGUGAGCAUUUCGAGAAAGCGCAAGAAUGAUGAUGAUGAAACAGAGUUGCAACCUCAGUCACGACCAUCCAAGCGUUUCCGUCAUCAUUCACUCCCGUAG